AAAAAAAAAAAAAGGGCCAUCAGCAGAGUGACAGACAACACAGCCCCUCCGCUCCGCUGCGCGUAGUAGUGGGUCUCUUCUCUGCGGACGGAGAGCCGAACCGAGUCGCGUGCUCUCCGUGCAACAAGGCGAACCGGAGCAAAAUGGACCUCCGGACCGCAGCAGCAGCAUCAUCCGGUGAGCACCGACUGGGUUUUUAAGGGUCCUGUCAAAUCCUGGAGGACGCAUGGUCAUGAAGAAAUAGAAGCAUCGGUUCAGGCCCUUCAGCUGACCUGCGCUAAGUCCUGGGCCGUGGGGCUUUGUUAUUGUUGUUGUCGUUGUUGUUGUUGGUGGGCCGGCUGAACAGGCGUGUAUGUAAGUAAUGAAGUCCAGUAUGAGGCAGUGGCGGAGGCUCGUGCUGGUGGGAAUGCUGGCCUGGGUUCUCCUCUUCCUCGGCCUCCUCUCGUACUUCCUGGACGCUCGUGUGAACGAGCCGCUGACGUCUGUAGGCUCUUUACUCUCCCAGCACCCGGACACGCGGCGCCUUGCCUCUAUACAGGCCUCCCACCAACAGCACGCCAACCUGGGUUCCCGACCUGAACUGGCUUCCACCUUAACUACAACCUACCCCAGAGAUGAGCCGGAGCCGGAGCCCUCUGCCAGCUCCACGACCCCGGAGCUCAGCCAGGAUGUGAGCCACAGCCCCAACAGUGCUCCUUAUGCCAUUUAUGGUAGCCAGGAGACCAGCCGCCAGGACUACCUAGACCCACAGAGCCUGGCUGCCUGGUCCUCCUUCGGUACUGAAAAUGUGGGUUCUCACUCCGACCCUUCAGUCCAGAGUCGUGAGAGAACUUCCCACAUAGAGUACCAGAACCAGAUCAGCGCCACACGCUACCACGGCGGGGAGGAAGAAGAUGACGAGCGGGACAAUGAAGAAGAACUCGGAAACAGAAUGAGGACCGCAGCAGGCAGGAGGGUCGGUAGCGACUCCACUGAUCUGGAGGAAUAUUACGUCUCCAAGUCGGCCUCUGUAGUGCAGCGGCUGUGGCGGGGUCGCGUGUCCGCCGGCAUGCUGAGUCCUCGACUGCAGCGCGCCAUGAAGGACUACGUCAGUGCCAACAAACACCAUGUUUCCUACACCGGGCAUCGCAGGUCCUCCCGGAGUGCCAAGGAGCUGCUGUGUCAAAUGAAAGCCCAGGCCCGGCUCAGGACCGUGGACGGGUCGGAGCAGCCCUUCUCCUCACUCGGUUGGGCUCGUCUUGUGCCGCCUCGUCCCCUUGAGCACCUGCGCGGCCGGCAGGACCAGAGCAGCUUCCAGACCUGUGCCGUGGUCACCUCGGCCGGCGCCAUCCUGCGCUCAGGACUGGGUAAAGAGAUCGAUACUCACGAUGCAGUCUUACGGUUCAACGCGGCGCCGACGGAGGGAUACGAGCGAGACGUGGGGAACAAGACCACCAUCCGCAUCAUCAACUCGCAGAUUUUGGCCAAUCCUAAGCAUCGAUUCAACACGAGCUCAAUCUACAAGAAUGUGACCCUGGUGGCCUGGGAUCCUGCACCUUACAAUGUCGACCUACACAAGUGGUAUGCCAGUCCGGACUACAACCUGUUUGGUCCGUACAUAGAGCACCGCAAGCUCCAUCCCGGCCAGCCCUUCUACAUCCUUCACCCGAGCUAUGUGUGGCGACUCUGGGAUGUGAUCCAGGGAAACACUCAGGAGAAUAUCCAGCCCAAUCCUCCCUCAUCCGGCUUCAUCGGCAUUCUCCUGAUGAUGGCGCUAUGCGAGCAGGUGCAUGUGUACGAGUACAUUCCCUCCAUGAGGCAGACGGACCUGUGCCACUACCACGAGCGUUAUUACGAUGCUGCCUGUACACUGGGUGCCUACCAUCCCCUCCUGUAUGAGAAGAGCCUGGUCCAGCGGAUCAACACGGGCCCCGAGAGUGACCUCAGGAAGAAGGGCCGGGUCACUCUGCCGGGCCUCGGCACCCUCAACUGUGACAUCUGAGAUGUGAAAACCUGACCCUCUGAGCCUGAAAACACACACACACAUACACACACACACACACACACACACACACACACACACACACACACACACACACACUUUGGCCUCUUCUGGCUGACUAAAGGAAGAGGUGCAAUAAAGCCACUGGAGACGAGGAGGCUGGAGCUUACAUGUUUCAAAUUAGACCCAUGAAGAACAUAAGCCAUAGCCCUCCAGGGAGGGAUCAACAUGGAGGCUUCUGAAAUAACUUCACUAGACCAGAGACUAGUAAAGUCUCCAAGAUGGAGCUGAAUAAGACCUUUUUCUCUCUGCUUUAGCUGAGCCAGGUUAGCUGUGGAGCUGACAUGGGUAGCAACAGAUAAGUGUUUUUAGAUAGUGAAUUUUCAAUAACUGGGUGUUUCAGUGGUGUAAACAGUUUAUAUAUAUAUAUAUAUAUAUAUAUAUAUAUAUAUAUAUAUAUAUAUAUAUAUAUUACGAGUGGUUCUCCGCUCAAAAGGAAAUGCCACUGUUCAUAACGGUGAUUUUUCUUUUUUAGUUUUUUUUUACUGGUCCCAAAGGGUUGUGAAUAAGAAAAGAAGUCCUCCACGCUGAAUGUCGUAAACGCAACACACACACACACACACACACACACACACACACACACACACACACUUACAGAGAGCAGACCGUCUUAGAGAAGAACUCCCCGGUGUAAAAUAUAGCUGUCGCAGCACUCGUGUAACUGUACAUUUCAUCGCCCUAUAGCAGGUGUUCCUGAUCGACAUUCCUCUGAUAUCUUCUUGUGAAAUCACAAGUUGUCGUGGGUGGGGGGAGGGGCGGGGCAUUUGUCACUACUGAUGUCUUUAAGCUUAAUACUAAAUUACUUUCCUGUGCAUGCCAGCUUGCCGGCUCACACAACCACCAGUCUGUCGCUCCUGGUUCACACAUUUCGGAUGAUUUCUUAUCUGGUGUCAAGAAGCCCGUCUCUCAGUUAAUUGCCCACAUGAAGAAAGGCACUAAAGUAACUUCUUUUUUUGGGGGGGGUUGUUUUACUGAGGAACAGCCGUAGCCCGUGCCUGUUGGUCGACUGAACACUUUCCUUUUGGUUGCCUUGACUGUUCAGGUACACGCGGCGCAUACUGCGGCAUUGACUGCAGCAACAUGGAGUUUAAUUUAAUUUAAUUUGGAGCAGGGGAUUCCACACUCUGCAAUCUCCAGCCGGUUUUUGAAGGUCGAUUUACUCUUUAUUGAAUGUAAUGUUACCACUGCGCCAAGCCCUCCCUGGAGCAUAUGCUCUCUAGGGUUAUUUUGUUGUCAUGUAACAGCCCGAAGCCCAUUUCCUACAACUAUUCAUGUCUCAUAUUUCCUGUAUUCUCUAUUAUUGGUUCCUCAGAUUGGAGAGCAAAUUAGUUUUGUCUCCAGCUAGGAUGAUUUUUAUGUCGGUGCCACAUCGGGCCGGCAGACUCUGGAGGUAUUUCGUUCAGCGUGGAGAGGGAGACACGGAAAAAUAUUGCCUUUUUUUAAAAUGAGAUUUCUUUUGCUAAGUGUGCUAUUCUAUAACAUGUUCUCGUGCCAUUGGUUGUGGUUUCGAUACAAGAUGUGAAAACGUGUCUCAGAAACGUUGCCUUGAGGUAGUCCUGAUGUAUGUUGAAUGACGUGUGUGUCGAUGGCUCUGUAGUAGCGUGUAGAGGAUUCUGUAGGGCUGGGUAUAAUGCAAAAUGUGUCCGUGCUGCCACAAACGUGCUGAUAUAUAUAUUGUUUUUCUUUUAAAUCAAGCAACACUUGAUCAAAAGGAGAAAAAAAAUGUCAACGCUUGACAGUCUGGGUGGGCGAUAUAUAUAUAUAUAUAUAUAUAGAUUAAACAAGGUGACAUUGAUAUGCUGGAUAUCAUGAUAUAGUAAAGUUUAUGGAAAUUCUGUUGAGAAACUACACUCAGUUGACGGCUUAAUAGGCACACUUUGCUAAAUCUAGUUAAUAAACACAAACUCCUUUUACAAUGUGGACAAAAUAUUAGAAACACAUCCCACGCAUAUCACUCUAAUGCAUAAACAACUCAACGGCACCACAAACGACAGCCUCGAAAAAUGACUUAAAUCAACAUCUUUCUUCAUGAAUAUUGACUCGACUGCAGAGGCGACGCGUCGCACCGCAUUGCUUUGAGCAAGGUGGACCUAAACUGGAAACUGAGUGGCUGUAGAGUUAAAUAACCAGAUGGGGAAUGGCUAAUUCAGUGAAUUACAUACAUGACAAGUGUUUCAUCACAUUGAUGCGAAAUUCUGUUAAAAUCUCAUAUUGCAACAAAGCAGUUUUUUGUUUUUUUCUUCUUUCUCUCGUUCAUUUUCAGCUGAAAUUGUAAAGAAAUGACAGUUGAGAAACGAUCUUGCGUUAAAUACAGGAUUCAUAUCGCCCAGCCCCAUUCGACAGCUACGGACGCAUUUUGAUGAGAAUGCAAAAGGAAAAGGUUUCAUAAGUUUAAUACCCAGCCCCGGUUUUUAAGUGGAUUGUUUGUUUGGCUAUUAGAAGAGUCUCGAAACAAGGAAACAGACUGAAGUAACCAUUUUUUUUAAAGGAGGUUUAUCAUUCAUUUUGAAUCGUGCAGGUUUUCACCUCUGCUGUAGGUUUUUAUGUUUCACAUAAAUGAUAACAUGUUUUAUUGCUCGUGAUUGUAAUACACUGAAGGUGCAGAAACCCUGCAAAUAUUGUACAUGUACAUAUAUUUCUAAAUAAUGUCGAUUUUACUUUCCAAUGCACAGAGCAUGCAAAUCAGGAUCAGGGCUAAGAGUCUUAAACUGUGCUGUACCGUGCUGCAAGUAGACACCAUUGUCAUUAAUGUUGUGAGGCCAUUUUGCUAUAAGAUCAUUUUCUUAAGUGGUGUUUUGAAGAUUUUAAUGCAUGCUUAUGGAUAGGGAAAUCACAGCCAGCUGCGGUGCAGCUAUUAGUAGUUCCCUGGGAGCACUUGUAUUCAGUGCAAUGCAUUGUGCCAAAUUCCAUUUUUAAUUAUGUUUUAGCAAGGUGGGUUGAGGACCGAUAGCAGGACUUCUAAGGUGCUAUCAAAGAUGGCGUUUGAUUGAAUUUGCAACCAUUUUAUUGUCAGGAUUAAAUGCAGGACAUUAUGCUGAAGCAUGCGAGUGACGGGGUGACGAAAACAUAUUCGCAGACGCCGUGUAAUCCAUUUUUCCUUCGAGGCCUAUGUUUCACGUCAUGUUUUUACUCUAUAUUGUGGGGAAUUUCUGCCCCACACUGCCUCUAAUUGAUUGUUCAACAUUUACAUUUCCCUCCUCCUGCACACCUGGACAGAGGAAGAGAAAAAGAAGGACGCAUGACUGAACAUGAUAACAUACGAGCUCCUGUUUCACUUGCAACAGCCUUAGGGGGUGUUCAUCUUGACUCUGAUUUGACAGUGAAUUCUCUUCUUACACUUGAAUUGAUAUUGAAAUAGACCAUUUUGAUUUCAGCUGUUGUAAUUUUGUCUUUUUUUACUGUGUAAAUAAAGCUGUUGUACAUGUCGGA